AGUUUGCAUCCAAAGCCAAACCAGCUCUACUCUUGCAGCUCAGCAGUCUCCAACCUCCAGCACCAGCACCAAGAUGAAGAUGUUCGUAGCCCUGUUCGCAGUGUUUGCGGUGGCGAGUGCUAUCGGUGACUAUCACCACCAGCCGACCGGUGCCCCGAUCAAGAUCGUGCACAGUGAGUCGUACCACGGCCACGACGGUAGCUACAAGUUCGGGUACGAGUCGGCGAACGGUAUCGCCGCCCAGGAGCAGGGUUUCGUGAAGAACGGUGGCAGCAAGGACCAUGAGGUGCAGGUUGCCCACGGUUCCUUCUCGUACACCGACCCGCACGGUCACCCAGUGUCCCUGAGCUACGUCGCCGAUGAGCACGGUUUCCAGGCGAAGGGCUCGCACAUCCCGACGCCGCCCCCAGUCCCGCAGGAGCUGGUCGAUGCGUACGCCAAGGCCGCCAGCCAGCCCGCCCACCACGAGGAGCCGCAGCCACACUACGCACCGCAGCCGACCUACAAGCACUACUAAAGUGUACCGCCGCGUGUGGCUGUGCGUGAGAGUGGUGAAAAACACUGCGCCACUACCACCCAACAACCACCCAACCCCGCCGCAGGGCUAUGAACAAAUUGUGAUCUAUUAGCGAUCGCGCUUCUUCUUGGUGUUGCCGCACAGGAGAACUGCUGCAGGGCAACGGAGAGAGAGAGAGAGAGAGAUGCCGAUCUAGAGUACCUAAAUUCGAAUAAAAAAAAAGGAAACCUCCGUUGUA